AAAAAUGGAAAUUAAACCGAUGUUUGGAGUAAAUACUCGGUGCGAAACUAUGAUGCCAUGAAAGAUGUGACGAUAGGACUUGUCCUGGAUGGAGGCGCGACCAACACGACACGCAACCCACCCGGAAGAGAAAGGACCUGAAGAUGAAGGACGUUUUUUCUGGGCAGAAGAAAGAAGAGUUUGAAGGCUUCGCACACACAAGGCGACGAUAGAUAGCAAGGGGAACACUAGCACGUUGUCAUGGUCGUGAUGAGCAUCGAACCUGCGCCUUUGGAAGGAGGAGAACAUGGACCGCUGGUCUCCUGGGGUGGUUCUGUUUUGUAAACUAGGAGACACUGAUUGGCUUGGAGUAAGAGUUGAGACGCUUUGAUUCGCCCACUGAGACCCAUCAGUGAACCUAUGGCAGAGAGACUACACUAUACAGGUUCCUAUGCAUGACUGGACCAUGGAGAGCCUCCUCUGCCGUCUGCUGGUUCUGGGGGCCACGUUGGCGAUGGCCCACGCCUGCCCCAAGUACUGCACCUGCCAGAACCUGUCAGAGUCCCUGGGGACCCUGUGCCCCGCCAAGGGCCUCCUGUUCGUGCCCCCGGACAUCGACCGCAGCACGGUGGAGCUGCGUCUGGGCGGGAACUACAUCCUGCGCAUCACCCAGCAGGACUUCGCCAACAUGACGGACCUGGUGGACCUGACGCUGUCCCGCAACACCAUCGGCUACAUCCAACCCUUCUCCUUCGGGGACCUGGAGACGCUGCGCUCGCUCCACCUGGACAACAACCGGCUGACGGAGCUGGGGCCCGACGACCUGCGCGGGCUGGUCAACCUGCAGCACCUCAUCCUCAACAACAACCAGCUGGGCCGCGUCCACGACAAGGCGCUGGAGGACCUGGCGCCGGCGCUGGAGGACCUGGACCUGUCCUUCAACAACCUGCCCUCGCUGCCCUGGGGCUCGGUGCGGCAGAUGGUGAACCUGCACCAGCUCAGCCUGGACCACAACCUGCUGGACUUCAUCCCCGAGGGGACCUUCACCGACCUGGAGCGGCUGGCCCGGCUGGACCUCACCUCCAACCGGCUGCGCAAGCUGCCGCCGGACACCAUCUUCGCCCGCGCCCAGGACUCGCUGGUGCUGACCACGCCCUACGCCCCCCAGCUGUCGCUGAGCCUGGGCGGCAACCCGCUGCACUGCAACUGCGAGAUGCUGUGGCUGCGGCGGCUGGACCGCGACGACGACCUGGAGACCUGCGCCUCGCCGCCCACGCUGAAGGGCCGCUACUUCUGGUACGUCAGGGAGGACGAGUUCACCUGCCAGCCGCCCCUCAUCACCCAGCACACCCACCGCAUCCUGGUGCUGGAGGGCCAGACGGCCAGCCUCCGCUGCGAGGCCUCGGGGGACCCCGCGCCCACCGUCCACUGGAUCUCCCCCGACGACCGGCUGCUGGGAAACUCGUCGCGCACCACGCUCUACCCCAACGGCACGCUGGGCAUCGGCAUCACCACCUCCAAGGACUACGGCGCCUUCACCUGCAUCGCGGCCAGCGUGGCGGGCGAGUCCACCGCCUCGGUGGAGGUGUCCAUCAUCCAGCUGCCGCACCUCAGCAACGGCACGGGGCAGCCGGCCCAGCCCAAGUCCCGCCUCUCCGACAUCACCGGCACCAGCCGCGUCACCAAGGGGGCCCCCAAGGGCCCGCCGGAGAAGGUGGUGUCGGCGGCGGAGGUGACGGCGGAGUCGGCGCUGGUGCAGUGGACGGUGAGCGCCACGGCGCCCAAGGUGAAGAUGUACCAGCUGCAGUACAACUGCUCCGACGACGAGGUGCUCAUCUACAGGAUGAUCCCGUCCUCCAGCAAGGCCUUCCUGGUGACCAACCUGGUGUCGGGCACACGCUACGACCUGUGUGUGCUGGCGGCGUGGGACGACAGCGCCACCACGCUGACCGCCACCAACGUGGUGGGCUGCACCCACUUCUUCACGCAGGACAGCUUCCCCACCUGCCGCUCGCUGCCCAGCCAGCUGCUGGGGGGUACCAUGAUCCUGGUGGUGGGCGGCGUGAUCGUGGCCACGCUGGUGGUCUUCAUCGUCAUCCUCAUGGUGCGCUACAAGGCCACCGACGGGGACCCCCACCCCUCCCCCGGGGACGACGUCGUCAUGGCGACCGACAAGCUGAGCGGCGGCGGCGGGGUGAGCGCCAGCCACUCCCAGACCAACGGCGGGCGGCUGGGCCACAACGGCGUGCUGCUGCCCCCGUCCCAGAGCCAGACCCCCCCGGGCAAGGAGCCCGCCCCCGAGCCCCCCUUCAAGGUGAAGACCAAGGUGAGCCUGCAGGACGAGGUGGUGGAGUUCCGGUGCGGCUCGCUGCAGAGCAGCCUGACCACCUCCUCCUCCUCCUCCUCCUCGGCCGCCUCCUCGGGGGGCUCGCUGCCCCGCGGGGGGGCCGGCGGCGGCCCCCGCAGCCCCAACAGCACGCUGGCCAGCAUCUGGAGGGCGGCGCCCGCCCGGGCCCGGCCCAACCUGGACCACCUGCUGGGGGCCUUCUCCUCCCUGGAGCUGCGGGGGGGGGCGCAGGGCCGCGGGCCCCACACCACGAGCAGCCCGGCGCCCGCGGUGUCCCCGGGGGCCGCGGCCGACGGGAAGCCCCCCACGGACCGGGACCCCCUGCUGGGCCGGACACUAGACUCGCGGCUCAGCCGGCUGCUGAUGCUGGACCCCCGGCCCCCCAAGAGGAGCCAGUCCUUCGACAUGGGGGACGUGGCGGCCGCUAACGCUAACACAAACGCUAGCAGUGCGCCGGCUAGCAGCUACCCGCGGCGCCUCAGCAGCAUCUGGACUAAGAGGAGCCUGUCGGUGAACGGGAUGCUGCUGCAGUGCGACGAGGAGGCCAGCGGGGACACGGGGGGCAGCAAGGGCACCAUAGACAGCAACGACUGGGUCAUGGAGAGCACCGUCUAG